GCACCGUUAUGUAAUCGUACUUUGACCCUCCUCGCUCCCACUAGCAUGUAAAAAACAAGGUGGGAUCGGAAGUGUUAUGGAAAGAGGCAAAAUAACGAAAAAACACAAAGGCACAUCUUCAGGCGGUGGGGACUGGGAGGGAAGGGAGAAAAACAUCAACAUGGUACAGCCAGAAAAGCAUUACAAGGUGUUUUUCCUAGCAGUGAUUACUUUGCUGGUUGCCAUUUGCGUGGCAGAAGUCCCCUUAUGCCACCCUCGGCAUAAGGCUACAGUAGUAAAGAUGGACGAGGCCUCUCUCACUGUGAACAAUGAGCUGGAAGCUGAGAUGGUCGUGAGUUGGCUAUCAGACCACUGCUAUCAGUGUGUGUACCAGCCCCUGGGUGUGGUGCCAGCAGGCCCUGGACCAGGCAUUCCCAGCUCAGUGGACUUCACCGUGGGCACACAGCAUGGCAUCACCCUGCAGCUCAACAGCAGCAGCCUCGUCAGCCUGGAACACUGCACGGUUCAUUUCCACUUUUGGGAGCAUGGUAACUACUCUCUGUGGGUCAAGAACCUGAACGACUCUUCAGUGGUCAACUGUUCCAUGGUCACUGACACAGAAACGGUCAACAGCUACCUGCCCAUCAUGGUGGCCUUUCUGUUGUUCACGGGCCUGGCGAUACUGUCUGCUAUUGGAGGCACAGUCAUGGGGCUGGACGUGGUGAAGAAUCUGAUGUUCCGAUUGGGCAACUCCAUGGAAACUGAGAGGCUCAUCACCUCAGAGCUGGGGUUUCCAGGCAGGACGGUGGAGACAGCCACAGACACCAUACUCCCCACCCCAGCCACCCCCAGCCGGAGGCUCCGAUCCCUGGACACUUUCAGAGGGUUGUCCCUGGUCAUCAUGGUGUUUGUGAACUACGGAGGAGGGAGGUACUGGUUCUUCAGACACGAGAGCUGGAACGGACUCACAGUUGCUGAUUUGGUCUUUCCCUGGUUUGUGUUCAUCAUGGGCACAUCUAUAUCCCUGUCUGUCAGCUCAGCCCUGCGGUGUGGUUUGUCUCGCUUCUCUCUCUUCACCAAGGCAGUCUGGAGGAGUGUUCAGCUCUUCCUCAUAGGACUCCUCAUCAUCAACCCCAACUACUGCCAGGGACCACUAUCAUGGGACUCCCUGCGUAUCCCUGGCGUGCUUCAGCGUCUGGCCUUCUCCUAUCUGGUGGUGGCGUCUCUGGACCUCUGUGUGGCCUGGAACAGCCUGGACAACCUUCCUGUGGAUGCUUGGUGGUACUCUGCUCGUGAGUUCCUGCUCUACUGGCCAGCCUGGCUGUGUGUGAUUGUCUUGGAAACCGUGUGGCUCUGUCUCACCUUCCUGCUUCCUGUUCCUGACUGCCCAAGUGGUUAUUUGGGCCCGGGUGGUAUUGGGGACAUGGGCCAGUACCCUAACUGUACAGGGGGAGCAGCUGGAUAUGUAGACCGCUGGCUACUGGGAGAGAACCACAUCUACCAAACACCUUCCUCGCGGGUGAUCUACAAGUCUCACAUGCCCUUUGAUCCAGAGGGAGUCCUUGGCAGCAUCAACUCUGUCCUCAUGGCUUUCCUGGGACUACAGGCAGGAAAGAUCCUCCUCCACUACAAGGAUCAGCAUUCCAGUAUAAUGGCCCGGUUCCUCAUAUGGAGCCUGGUUCUGGGAAUCAUAUCAGCCACUCUGACCAAAUGUUCACUGAAUGAAGGCUUCAUCCCCAUCAACAAGAAUCUAUGGUCUCUCUCCUACGUGACCACCCUGGCGUGUUUUGCCUUGCUGCUUCUGGUGUUGAUCUACUACACAGUAGAUGUGAGGAGGUGGUGGUCUGGGGCUCCCUUCUACUACCCUGGUAUGAACUCCAUCCUGGUGUACGUGGGACACGAGGUCCUGGAGGAGUACUUCCCGUUCCGCUGGCGCAUGGCCAACAACCAAUCCCACGCAGAGCACCUGACCCAGAACCUAUUGGCCACUUCCUGCUGGGUCCUCAUCUCCUUCCUGCUGUACAGGAAGAACAUCUUCUGGAAGAUCUAGAGGGCCAGGACACGUUUCAAUAGUCUUUCUUCAAGUCCUCUAAAGAUUUAGGGGGAAGGUCUAAGGGGCCGGGCUGCGUCUCAUAAGUAUUUUCUCAAGUCUUUCUGAAGGAUCUGCUCUCUUCAAUUCCUUGUGUCCUGUAACCCGAUCCACUGGGAGAUGUCGAGCUGGGCCAUAUCUCAAUAGUCUCCUCAAUUCCUUGUGUCCUGUAACCAACGAUCCACUGGGAGAUGUCGAGCUGGGCCAUAUCUCAAUAGUCUCCUCAAUUCCUUGUGUCCUGUAACCAACGAUCCACUGGGAGAUGUCGAGCUGGGCCGUAUCUCAAUAGUCUCCUCAAUUCCUUGUGUCCUGUAACCAACGAUCCACUGGGAGAUGUCGAGCUGGGCCGUAUCUCAAUAGUCUCCUCAAUUCCUUGAAGAUCUUUGGCUGGGUUGCAUUUCACUUGUCUUUCAUCAAUUCCUUGUAUCCUUUCUCCAGCUUCCUUUUAAAAAGGGAUAGUGUAAAGCGUUUCCUCUCCUUGUUUCCUUUCCUAAUGUGCUCUCCUUGCUUGACGCUGAUGUUUUGAGAAGGGAACAUAAUCACUCAGGAAAAGGCUGGUCUGGGAUUGUAUACAAGAGACACGGAAACUCAAGAAACCAUGAUUACCAUUUUUCUGCUCAUCAAAUGUUAUUAGUCACAUGCGCCGAAUACAACAGGUGUAGUAGACCUUACCGUGAAAUGUUUACUCACGAGCCCAUAACCAACAAUACAGUUGAAGAAAAUAGAGUUCAUGGAAACAAUGCUACAGGCUCUGGUCUACGCUACACUUUCACUAUGGACACACAGUUCAGAGGUCACUGGGAUGUGUGUGACAUCCAUGUGGGAUCAAACUGGGCUUCACCAAAAAAAAAUGGAGUGUACAGCCAAACAGGUAUUGAAUAGUGUAUCAUGGAUAAUACAAAUGUGUUGAUUCUCGUUUGUGCAUGUACGAGCGCUUGCUUUCUUGGGACUGAAACAACCAAUGCCAGACAGUUGAAAUAACUUGUACUAAUUAAUGACAUUGUCUUUUUUUUUUCUUUGUUGCCAAAGUCAUCAAGGAAAUGAAUGAUGGAUGAACCAACCGCCAACUAACUGUAUGUGUACAUUUCACGGGUCGUUCCACAAAUUCAGUGCCUUUUUGAGAAGUGUAACUUGGUUUAAAAAAAAAAAAAGGUUUGAUUUCACCUCAUUUUAAUAUUCUGUCAUAAAGAGCACAUAUUCAACUUCAUGACAUGUUUUCCCAUUUCAAGAGUACCAGAGUAGGUGCCUAUUCAAUGCCAAAUAAAGUAACAGGGUUGAUGAUCUCAUCGUAAAUCUGCCGUAAAUCCCAUUGUGACGGGAGAAGGAAAGCUCAUGUGCAACAGGGAGUGGCAAUUUAAAUGCAAGAAUCACCAAAAAUGUUUAAUUGUUAAAACAUUUCUAGCCUGUCUGUUGACUUGUAAUGCUCGACACGCUCAGUUUUCCAACACAAAACGCCAGAAAAUGGCCAUAAAGAGUAAAACCAGCUCACCUGCUUUUACAUGAUUUGAUUAUUAGAUGUUCAAUGUCUCUUUUGAAUUAUUAUUUUAUUUUAUUUUUUAAUGAAAAAUGUUGCCCUAUUAAAAUGAGACUUCAGUUCACGCAACGGGGUUCACUUUAAAAUGAGGGACAGGUAAUUUAAUCCCUAAAUAAUCUUUAGAAAUGACUUUUUGUCAAAGUAACAAAAUAACUAGGGCUUUACAAUGAUGGUGAAAACAUGGGGGACGUUUUUGGGGUUAAGUCGGUUAAAAUCUUCCUAGAAGAAGUCGCAGAGGGUGCAAGGGAGGACAUGUCAAAUGCUGAAUUAUGUCACUUUAGCAAGUCUUAUUCAUAUAAAAAAAAAUUGGAUUGAUUGAAUUUUCCAUGUGGUCUAUAUUAAAGGGCGCUUCAUUUAAUAUAACAGGCUUUUUCUCUUUUUUUCUACUUAAAAUAUCAAAGGAAUACAAAAGGACCUUUUUUCGUGGAAUGACCCUCCAUAUGAACAUACAGCAGUGUGCCAAAACACUACAGAAGAAGGAACCUUGGUCUCUUUUAAGUCCCAAAUAGCACCUUAUUCCCUUUAAUAGUGCACUACAUUUAACCAGAACCAUAUGGGUCCUGGUCAAAAAGGAGUGCACUACAAAGGGUACCAUUUAGGAUGAAAUAUAGGACUUUCCUUUUAGGUAAUUGUACUGUAUGAUAUGUAAAUGGGCACAACUAUUCAUGCAACACUGAUGAUUUAUACCAAAUUGAGACAACUGUGAACUUCUGUUACUGUAUCAUACUGAAUCCUUCGCCCAAGUACUAGUAUUUGUGUUUUAACGGUGUGGUUAAUGAAUUAAACUGUAAAAAUGAAAAUAUAUCGACCUAAGCUCAUGCAAAUAAUGUGAUAUGUGUACUUUUCAUCAUUGUGAAUAAAUUGUAUCAAUAACUUUUAAAUGCGACCAAAGACGACUAGCAGUGCUAUUUGAUACAGUACCAAAAAAAAAAAUCAUUAAAUAAAUCUGAAAAUGUA